AGGUGGAGCAAAAGUAAACGGAAGUCGAUAAAGUGAAAUGCGUGAUAAACUGGUUUAGCAGCGUUUAGUUGUAUGUCAGUUAUAUUAUAACAUCGGGAAUAGAAAUAGAAGCCAGAAGCAGUAUCGGGCCAUUGUAUUUUCAAGAGUCGCUGAGAAAACUUUGAGGACAAAUAGAUCAGUUAGUGGUUUACAUGCGGGUGAAGUCGCCCGUCGCCUAAGCAAGCACAACCACGUUCGUCUUGGUAGUCAAGAAUAGAACAUCCCGAGCAAAAGUUUAUCGCGAAAGGUCUCUUUUAGUCAUUCUAGUGGAUUACACUGAAAAUUGAAACGUAUUCUACAUUUUGCUUGUUUUUAUGAAAAAGGAACGAUGGGCUGUACAAUUAGUCAAGAAGACAAAGUUGCAGCAGAGAGGAGUAAGAUGAUUGACAAGAAUUUAAAGGCAGAUGGCGAACGAGCUGCAAGAGAAGUCAAAUUGCUUUUGUUAGGUGCUGGGGAAUCAGGGAAGAGUACAAUUGUGAAACAGAUGAAAAUCAUCCAUGAAAGUGGCUAUUCCCCAGAGGAGUGCAAACAGUAUAAACCUGUGGUUUUCAGUAAUACUAUACAGUCGAUGCAAGCAAUAAUACGGGCUAUGGGCACACUGAAGAUUGACUAUGGUCAUCCUGACAGAGCAGAAGAUGCAAGGCAGUUAUUUGCUUUGGCUAGUAGCGUGGAAGAUGGUGAGCUGACACAUGAGCUUGUUGGUAUAAUGAAAAGGCUUUGGGCAGAUGAGGGUCUUCAGGUUUGCUUUGGAAGAUCAAGAGAAUACCAACUAAAUGACUCUGCUGGAUAUUACUUGUCAGCACUGGAUCGUAUAGGUGCCCCAAAUUACACCCCAACACAGCAAGAUGUUCUACGAACUAGGGUCAAAACGACUGGCAUUGUUGAAACUCAUUUUGUUUUCAAAGACCUGCACUUCAAAAUGUUUGAUGUUGGUGGUCAAAGGUCAGAAAGGAAGAAAUGGAUUCACUGUUUUGAAGGUGUGACAGCAAUCAUAUUCUGCGUAUCUUUGAGUGCAUAUGACCUGGUAUUGGCAGAGGAUGAAGAAACGAACCGAAUGCAUGAAAGUAUGAAGCUCUUUGAUUCAAUUUGCAACAAUAAAUGGUUCAUCGAAACGUCGAUAAUCCUGUUUUUAAACAAAAAGGAUUUGUUUGGCGAGAAGAUCAAAAAGUCACCCCUUACCAUUUGCUUUCCGGAGUACACAGGUGCAAAUACGUAUGAAGAGGCAGGCUCAUACAUCCAGAUGCAGUUUGAAAACCUCAACAGCCGUAAAGGAGAAAAAGAGAUAUACACCCACUUCACUUGCGCCACCGACACUGGUAACAUUCAGUUCGUUUUUGAUGCUGUAACCGACGUCAUUAUAAAAAAUAACUUGAAAGAUUGUGGCUUAUUCUAAGGGAGGUUUGAAACCUCUCUCCAAAGAUAAUUUUGUUUGGACUGAGCUAUUUAUGGAGAUUUUUCUAAUCGCUAUACUGAUGUAAAUAGUAGGCCAGACUGUAUUUGGCAACUACCCCAUUCAUUUAUGAUUUUGUCUUACGUGUAAAGAGAUGCAAAGAUUUACGAGCGAAGCACAUACGUUGAACACAGGUCUCUUGACAGGCUCUGCGCGCUGCUUCUGUUGGCACGCACGCUCCGCGGAACCUGUUGCCCCUCAUGACGCCUUGGGAGGUAUCUACACCAAAUCUUAGAUUUUAAGUUUGCUUGUAUACUGGAUCAGAUACCCUUUAUGUUAAAUCGUUGCCUUUCCUGUAUUGGAUUAAAGUAUGAAGUAUUUUAUUUGUAUUACGACCUUGCACUAAAGAUUGGUCUCUGGCUAUCCAGUAACAGGCAAACCAAAGUUGUUGCAAUGAGUCUGUUUAUUAAUUUUAACUAAGCUAUUAUUCUAUGCAUUAAAGCCAGCCAUUAUUUUCCGUAAAGGGGCCAAAAUUACCCUUCUUUUCCCUAAAUCACUGAAUUUGUCGUAAGAAAAGUUUUGUUUUAUACAAGAUAUAAUGCUAUUAGUUUUAUGUCUGGAGCCUUUUUGUCAAUGUAAUCAGAUUAAUUUUGGGGAGAGCAACGAAUAUGUGAUCUAGCAAAGUAGUAUGCGGAUUUCGGUCUUAAAAAAUCAUUUGACUUAAUUUUAGUUUCUUAUUGUAUGCUUUAGGAAACUUCACAAACUGUAACUUGCAAAUUUGUUCAUGUUUUGUCUUACAAACUGCAGUUAGGUAAAACGUCUUAUCUAAGAUAGAAAUUUCCUGUCAGUCACUGGUUAAGUUGAUUAUGUAUUGUAUUGAUGUUA